AUGAAUCAGGAAACGAGCACAGGACCGCUCCUGACGAUCCGGGAUAUCAAAAAACAAUCGGUCAAUUUUGUUUUGGAAGGUGUAGAGCUUGCCUUUGCCAACUCUCUUCGACGAGUUUGCAUGGCUGAUUUGCCAACAAUUGCUAUUGACCUAGUCGAAAUCGAGAGCAACACGACCGUUCUACCCGAUGAGUUUUUGGCGCACCGACUGGGCAUGGUCCCUCUCGUGAGCACAAAUUGCGACGAGGCAUUGAGGUAUACAAGGGAUUGUACAUGUAUCUCCCGAUGCAAAUACUGCUCGGUCGAGUUAUACUUGAACGUUUCGUCGACAAACCAACCUGUUGACAUUACUUCCAACAAUCUCGAUGUUGUCCCUUCAGGUGGAGGCGAGUUUGGAGGGGAAGAUGAAGGAGAGGAGGGCGAUGAAUUGCAGAAGCGACCACCGAAUUUCGGGACACCUAUAGGGAAAGAUGAUCCGAAUGUUCCCCCUGUGUUGCUAUGCAGGAUACGAAAAGGGCAGGAGCUCAGGCUACGCUGUAUAGCCAAAAAGGGCACAGCAAAAGAACACGCCAAGUGGUCUCCCUGCACAGGUGUCGGCUUUGAAUAUGACCCAUACAAUAAGCUCCGACACACCACUUACUGGUACGAAGUUGACUCGCGCGCUGAAUGGCCGCUGAGCGAAAAUGCGAAAGAGGAGGAGCCCCCAAGAGAUGACGAGUCAUUUGAUUAUAUGGCUAAACCGGAGAAGUUUUACUUUGAUAUUGAGACAGACGGGAAGGUUGCUCCUAGAGAAGUCGUUUUAAAGGGGUUGAUUGAACUGCAAACUAAACUUGGGAACAUUAUUCACGGAUUGACACCUCGGAACGAAUUCGACGGAGACACAGGUGCUGGAGCUGCAAUUGUUCCUCAAACCAAUGGUGCACGUCAGCAAACAAACGGAUGGGGUGCUGCUGCAUCUCCCGCUCAAACUGGAGGAUGGGGAGCUGCAAGCCCAGGACAAGCUGCGGGUGGAUGGGGCUCAAGCCCUCGUGGAGGAGGCGGAGGAUGGGGCUCAUCUGCUAGUCCUCGGGGUGGUAACGGAGGAUGGGGGUCUAACAGCCCUGCCAAUUCUGGAGGCACAUGGGGAUCUGCAUCACCCAACAGGGGAGGCGGAUGGAACAUGUAA